AUUUAUUGAAUAAAUAACCAAUGUAACAAUUCUACUUAUAAAUUAGUAAGUGUACCCCUUAUGUUAAAUUUAGUGCCCAAAAAAAAUCACAAAUUAAAGAGAUAGUGUAACAAACUUAUUUUGAAAAAAAAAAGAGAAAAGCUUAGAAUUAAGAAAAAAUGCAAAUAAUCACACCACCACAUGGGGAAUAUAUGAGAGAAUCAAAGGCUCAUAUAAUGAGAAGUAUAUGUGAAAAAAAGGUGAGUGAUUUAGUGUUAGAAAAGAGGAGGCUAGUAGAGGUGCCAUAUUCAGCCACCCUAGCAGACACCAUGAACACCCUAGUGACGAACCAUGUGAUGGCGGUGCCGGUAGCGGCACCGCCAGGACACUGGAUAGGGGCAGGAGGAUCAAUGAUAAUGGAGACGGAUAAACACACCGGGGCGGUAAGAAAACAUUACAUAGGUAUGGUAACUAUGUUGGAUAUAUUGGCUCAUCUUGCUGGUGAUGAUGCUGUUAAUGGUGGAGAUUCUAGUUCUAAUGAUGUUAAUAACAAGUUAAAUGUUACUGUUUCUACUAUUAUUGGUCAUUGUCUUGAGGGUUUGAGCUUGUGGACUCUCAAUCCUAAUACUAGUCUCCUAGAUUGCAUGGAAGUCUUCAGCAAGGGAGUUCAUCGAGCGAUGGUACCAUUAGACAGCCAUAUGGAUAACAUCUCCGGUGUAGAGCUCGUAGAGUCAUCAUCAUCUUACCGGAUGUUAACCCAAAUGGAUGUCAUAAAAUUCCUGAAAGCACACGGCCAACAAGAGUUGCGCGAUGCAUUGGCACGCACCGUGAGUAGCACAGGUGCCAUCACUGAUACUGUACUUGCUGUGACUCGUCAAACUAGAGCUAUGGACGCCAUCAAGUGUUUGAGAAGUGCUGGUCUUCAAGCUGUGCCCAUAAUUGAGGCCCCUGAUAUUCCACCAGAAGGUCACAAACAGCUCAUUAAUGGAUAUGGCAGGAAACUCAUGGGGACCUUUUCAGUUACCGAUAUAAGAGGAUGCCCGGUUGAUUUGAUGCAGUCUUGGCUACCAUUGCACGUAAGGGAAUUCAUGUCGAGAGUGUAUCAAAACCCGUCCCACGGGGUACCAGACUUGGUGAACUCUCCCAAGUUGCUUGUGAGUUGUUAUGCCGAUUCUUCCUUAUUGGAAGUGAUUGACUUAAUCACGAGUAGACAUGUGCACAGGGUUUGGGUUGUCGAUGAAUUUGAGUAUGGUACGAUCCUCGGGGUUAUCUCGCUCACAGACAUAAUCCGAGCUGUUAGAGCUGCUCUUAUUUCGGCAACCUAGUUAGCACGAUGGUUUUGAAGUGUUUCUAACAAUGUAUCGAGGUUUUCAGACUUUGGCUUUUUUUUGUCAUCUGUAUUCCAGUGUAAUGUCUAAUGGCUAGUUUGUUGCUGAGUGUGUGCUUCUGUAAUGGCUAGUUUGUUGCUGAGAGUAUGUUUUGGGCUCGCUACAUUUUCUCUAUUCUCGUGUUUGAUGUAAUGUUAAAUUGGAGCUUGUUGUAAGGAUACUAAGUUAUCAUAUAUAGUAGUAUGUUCGUUUUUGCAA